AUUUGCACAAGAUUAGAACCAGUCUGAAAUAUCUUUGUCAAAGUGAGCAUAUUCCUCCAAAGGUUGAGGUGGACCUUUCAAAUUUGGACAUUGGAGACAAAUUUUUUAUGCAUGAAAUUAAAGCACAUUCAUCACUGAAGCUCUUAAGCAAGGAUGAUACAAUACCUAUAUGCAAGAUCUGGGCUUCAAAACCUGUAAGGUCAGAUAACAAAGCAUCAUCUGAGUGCACACAAUGAAAAGGAACAUAAUUGUUCCUACCUGAAUAUUUGGAGCUUGUAAUAAACGCUUCACAGAGGUCUAAGUUGCAGCAAUUUUGAUGGAUUAGCAUUUCCGGGUUAGUUUGGUCCUUUGUGUUAUUUAUUUUGGUUUAAUUUUUCAUAGGAAUGGUUGUAAUAAUUCAACAUGUACUGACAUUCUCAGCAUGAAUCUAAAUGAAUUCUGAGCUUGCUUUC